AUGAAGACGAUGGAGAGCGAUAUGGCGGCGCUGGAGCUGGACAUCGAAGCUGCGUUCGAGCCCAAGGUGGAGAUCGGAGGCGGAAACUCGUCCUCCUCAGAGGAGGUCUCAUCGUCGUCAGAGCAGAUGCCGCUGGCACCGCCGCCUCUCAGCACCAUCGACGACGACGACGAUAUCACGAGUCAACUGCUGAGCAUGUUGGCCGAGGAGAUGUCCCAAAAGAAGCGCAAGCGCAACCUCAAGACCGCUGGCCCCAGCACUACGGGCAUCCGUCACCGCAAGGCAUUGGCGCUGGCCUCUCCUGCUGACGAUCUCAAACGCGAGAAGAACCGCGAUUCGGUCAAGCGCUCAUACUACCGCAAGAUUGAGACGCUGGGGGAGCUAAGAGCACACACCGAGUAUUUGCGGGAGCAGUACAACAGACUGCUGGCCCAGUGGGAAGACAAGACGGAAAGAGAGAAGGCGGAGACGGCCAAGGACCCGUCCAGCCUCAUGAAGAGAUACCUGGAGCUCUCGAGACUACGCGACCGACUUUGGAUGGAGAACACACAGCUUCACGAACAAUUCGAAGAUCGCGAGAAGAUCUCGUUCCGUUUCCAGAGACUCUUUGAUGUGAACUAUCAGCUCAUGGACCACUCUAUCGCCGCACCAAUUGAGGAUGACAACCAGGACCGUCCUGUGCAGACGCCUAUGCUUAUUAUGGACGAAAUGUCUUUCGAGAGCUUCAAUAAAUUUGCGCAGGACGCACAGCGCACAUUCGAGGCGUUUGUUGCCAGUCGUCACCACAUGAUCACGACGGACACGGCACUCGGCUGGACGUGCUCUCACGUGGCCAAGGACAACUCCUUCGGCUACUACUUUGAGAAGAAUUUCGGUCACAGCUCCUACACGAGCGCCUCUGAAGUAGCACGCACAGCAUGGCAGACGCUCACGUCGCCCGAGCGUCACUCGAAGCUAUACGCGCCAGCGCUGCACACACGCUUCCAUAUCAUGCAGCAGUUCGACAAUAACAGCUACGUGCUGUACCGCACAAUGGAGAAGGAAGGUGAGGACUCGAUCACCACAGCGCUCAUCAUCAUGACGCGAAUCCCUCACCCGAACGACUCGGGCUGCCUCAUUAUCUGCAAAGGCCUGCGCCGCGAGGAGCACACACUCCACGUCGAGUUCAGGGAUGCUAUCGCACUGCAGAAGAAGAAGGAGUGGCGGCAGUCCAUGUACUGGAUCAACAUCGAGGAGAUGCCCGUGGACGACAAUAACAAGAGCGAGGAGGUAUGCGUGGAGAACCAGAAGAAGAAGCUUAAAGUCGUGCACGGUGGCAUUAUGAACAACAUGGGCGACCGCAGCCGCUCCUUCUGGCUGUUCGAGAACCUCCAGAUCGCCCUGCGCUGGGAGCAGAACCUCGGUCUGGGCGAGCCGCUUAGCUAG